UUGUAAUUUAUCUUGUCUUUGUCUCUAAUCCGUCGCGAAAAAAAAGGUCCUUUUCAAAUCACAAGUGACAACCCCCUAAAUCACGAUUUGCUUAGCAUUACUGUUGUUAAACGAAACAAUAAAAUUCCUAAGAAAUGGGUACCAGAAAACGUGUUUGUGCUUUUCUCUUCUCCAAUCCAGGUCUUUACCAGCACUCUAUUGCGAAGCUAAGAUUGAUUAAUGGAGUUGAUUAUUCAUCAAGUCGUCGUCAAUUCAGUGUGGUUAAUGGUGAAGCUAUCCGAGGGAAACAGACAACCGAGCAGCUGUACAAGCAUGUUGAUGGUUUGUCGACAGGAGCUGAAGUGACUGCAGUGAAGGACCAAUUAGAUCCGUUUUCCCUUGUUUCUGAUGAAAUAUCACCCCUAACCGAUAGAUUGCGGUCAAUGGUGGUCACAGAGGUCCCUAAGUUGGCAUCUGCUGCUGGAUAUUUCUUUAAGAAGGGAGUUGAAGGAAAGCGCUUUCGCCCGACAGUUUUAUUGUUGAUGGCCACUGCUUUGAACAUGCCUGUGUCUAUGCCCUCUGUUGAUAGACUAUCACCUACCGGGGUAAUAGAUAAUCUGGAAACAGAGCUUCGUAGAAGACAACAGUGCAUUGCUGAGAUCACAGAGAUGAUCCAUGUGGCAAGCCUUCUUCACGAUGAUGUAUUGGAUGAUGCUGAUACACGGCGUGGUGUUAGUUCAUUAAACUCACUGAUGGGGAAUAAGUUGGCAGUUUUAGCGGGUAAUUUCUUGCUCUCUAGGGCUUUUGUGGUGCUAGCCUCUCUGGAAAAUGAUGAGAUCGUAUCGUUAAUAGCUGAAGUUGUUGAGCAUCUUAUCACUGGUGAGACAAUGCAGAUGACAACGACAUCUGAGCAGCGUUUAAACAUGCAGUAUUACAUGGAAAAGACCUAUUACAAGACAGCGUCAUUGAUCUCAAAUAGCUGCAAGGCAAUAUCUCUUCUUACGGAGCAAACUGCAGAAACUUCAACGUUAGCUUAUGAUUAUGGAAAACAUCUCGGACUGGCGUAUCAACUGAUAGAUGAUGUUCUUGAUUUCACGGGCACAUCUGCAUCUCUUGGAAAAAGUUCACUCUCUGAUAUUCGCCAUGGAAUCAUCACAGCUCCGUUGUUGUUUGCUAUAGAAGAAUUUCCUCAACUAGGUGAAGUUCUGCAGCGAGGCUUUGACAAUCCUGCAGAUAUAGAUCUUGCUCUUGAUUAUCUAGGAAGAAGUCAAGGAAUACAAAGAGCAAAGGAUUUGGCACUGAAGCAUGCAAGGCUAGCGGUUAAAGCUAUUGAUUCUUUGCCGGAGAAUGAUGAUGAAGAUGUUAGACAGUCCAGGCAAGCACUAGUAGAUCUUACAAAGAUAGUGAUAAAAAGAACCAAGUGAGCAAAUAUUACCUAUAGGUAUAAAUCCAAGAUUUUGUUCGAUAUAUGAUGAGCUCAUGACGUCAUGUGCAUACUCGUAUUUUCUUUCUAACACUUUUGUUUGAGUUUAGAAACUACACCCAAUAACCGAAAGCAAAACGAAAAUCCUCUAUGUAGAAGGUUUAACAGUGAAGAUAUGGGUUGUAAUAACGUUACAAUGUAUUAUGCUUUGCUGGGUAAUUCAUUGUUUGGAGGAAAAUUCAAAAAACAUCUACGUAACGUUUCUGUACAUUUGAAGAUGUAUACAAAUUUUCAUUUUUUU